CACUGCCUGGCUAAACCACUCCCCUCUCUAAAACAACCGUGAACAGAGUUGUUUGGUGAGUCCGCAAAGGACACGACGUCGAAACGCUGGGAUCAAAUUGAAGGAUUCUCCCACAACAAAUACAGCACAAACAUGCCAAACUGGGGAGGAGGUAACAAGUGUGGUGCCUGCCAGGGGACGGUGUACCAUGCCGAGGAGGUGCAGUGUGAUGGGAAGAGCUUCCACAAAUGCUGCUUCCUGUGCAUGGUCUGCAGAAAGGGUUUAGACAGCAACAAUGUGGCCAUCCACGACACUGAGAUCUACUGCAAGUCCUGCUAUGGAAAGAAGUACGGCCCCAAGGGCUACGGCUACGGUCAGGGAGCUGGGACACUCAGCAUGGACCGUGGAGAGAGACUGGGGAUCAAACCAGAGGAGACCCAGUGUCACAGACCCACCACCAACCCCAACCCCUCCAAAUUCGCCCAGAAGUUCGGGGGCUCGGAUAAGUGUGGCCGGUGUGGGGAGUCAGUGUACGCUGCGGAGAAGAUCGUGGGGGCAGGCAAGGUGAGCAUAGACCAUGGCAUAAGAACUGCUUCCGCUGUGCCAAGUGUGGGAAGAGCCUGGAGUCUACCACCCAGACAGAGAAAGAUGGAGAGAUCUACUGCAAAGCAUGUUACGCAAAGAACUUUGGACCCAAAGGAUUUGGUUAUGGCCAGGGAGCUGGUGCUCUGGUGCAUGCCGAAUGAUGAUCACCCUCAAGACCAGGCAUUUCUGACUGUGAAAACCGCUGUACUACGUAGUUUUUUUAAAGGCUGGGGGAGGAUUUACCAUUUACAAUAAAUAAAAAGCUAUACCUAAAACAA